AUGCGGGCUGCCUUCCAAGUGCUUCGCUCUGCGCGCCGCCCGUGCCUGCGCAAGCUUGCCCGCAGUCGUGUCGGCGUCUUCGCGCCGAGCAAUGGCCUAGGCUUCCGGGCUCAUCAUCAUCACUACCGCCAGCGCACCUCCCCCAUCGUCCUCGCCUCGUCGAUGCAGUUCCGCGCUCUCACAGGUGCGCUAGUGGCUGCCGCCGUCGCCUCCGGUGCGUUCUACGCUUACAGCGACAAAUCGUCGACAGGUCAUUCGCAUUCACCUGCCGAUCAAGCCAGGAACCUGACCAGCGCCGUAAGUAACGAGCCCACGCGAAAGGCUCUGGUCGUCGGCCCUGGUGAACUUUAUACGGGAACAAUUACUGGCACUGGUCCAAUCUCAAAAGAGACGGAUGACUACGGUAGAAAGGUGCUGGAGAUGUUGGACCCCGACCAAGCUACUGCCAAGUUGAGGAAAAAUGAGGAGUCAUGGCUCGUGGGAAGGGGGCAAGGCGUUGUACGAUACGACGUGGUGCAGAUUCCCAGCAACUCCCCCAUCGAAGACGACCAUGCCGAGAAGAUUAUCGAGGUACCAUCAAACCUGGCGGCUACUGACAAUGGCGCCCCGGCCAGCGACUGGAUGUUCUGGGGUGUCUUCGACGGACACAGUGGUUGGGUUACUUCAGCCAAACUCCGUCAGACCCUCAUUUCCUACGUCGCACGCGAACUCAACACGACCUACAAAUCUGCCGUCGAGGACCCUGCGCUCCACUUCCCGAGCUCUGACGCUAUCGACAAAGCCAUCAAGACAGGCUUCAUCAAGCUAGACAAUGAGAUCGUACAUGAGUCGGUCAAGAAGGUUCGGAAGGCUCAGUCUAAGAUCGCUGCUGCCGAGCUGCUUGCCCCCGCCCUGUCCGGUUCUUGUGCACUGCUAUCCUUCUACGACAGCCGAUCGAAACUAUUGCGGGUUGCAUGCACGGGUGACUCUCGCGCUAUCUUGGGCCGACGAGGCCCUAACGGCAAGUGGACAGUGACUCCUCUGUCUGAAGACCAAACUGGUGGGACCACAAGCGAGGCAGAGCGAUUGCGCAGAGAACACCCAGGUGAGCCUAAUGUGGUACGCAAUGGGCGCAUUCUAGGCGGACUGGAGCCAUCUCGUGCCUUCGGCGACGCCUCCUACAAAUGGUCGCUCGAGACAAACGCAGAGCUCAAGAAGUCCUACUUUUCACGGUCACCGUCAACGCUACUCAAGACUCCCCCAUAUGUCACUGCUGAGCCCGUUAUCACCACAACUAAAGUAGAGCCUGAGAAGGGCGACUUUGUGGUCAUGGCUACUGACGGUUUAUGGGAAAUGCUUACCAACGAGGAGGUCGUUGGCCUAGUUGGUCAAUGGCUCGAUGCUCAGGGCAACCCAAGCAGUCAAGGUUCGCAGACUCAAUCCUGGCUCAAGAGCUGGUGGUCAACACAGAAGCAAUUGCCUGUCGAGCAAAAGACAGGUGAGAAAGGGGAGGGACAGCGUGCACCAAUCCGCCAGCAGCAGUGGGGUACCAAGACCAGCCUGAACGAGCGUUUCGUGGUCGAAGACAAGAAUGCAGCAACUCAUCUUGUUCGAAACGCACUUGGCGGAAAGGACCAAGACCAGCUGAGUGCCCUGCUCACUCUUCCAAGUCCCUUUUCUCGACGAUACAGGGACGAUUUGACGGUUGAAGUCAUCUUCUUCGGAGAAGGCGCAGGUACUGGCAACGUCACUCGAAACCAGGAAGCGAGCGCCGCAGAACCCGAGGCCAAGGCCAAGUUAUAG